UAUACAGGUAGCUCCCAAAAGCCAUCUCUUAUUAUCUUUCAUUCCCAUUCUCCUAACUCCUACACCAGAAAUCCAUCACAAAACCUGUGGCUCCCCUUCCAUCCCCAAAUUCUCUGAUCCCAACGCCAAGCUCACCCCUUUCACCCUCCCUCGCCUCGUCACGACUCCAUCGCAUUAAACCCUCUCUUCCUUGGUCCUUAAAACCCUAUAAACCCCAUGUCCUUUUCCUCAAAUCCAUGCCGCCCUCUUCGAUCGCCCAAGAGCCCUUCACCCUCCUCGACCUCCUCUCCCGCCUCCGAUGCCUCUCCUCCGACCCCAAAUGCCCCCUUUCCCCCUUUAUCCCCACCAGGCCCUCUCCAAUUCCCCUGAACUCCUCGUACAUCGAUGGCUUCAUCUGCUCUCCUUUGGCCCGGAGACGUAAUUACCGGGCGGCCGCCUCCUGUGGGCUCUCAGGUAGCUCUUCGAAGCUCCAUGGGUUCUGGAGCGAGUUCAAUCGCUUCGUUCGAAUUCACUGUGACCGCUCCCCGAUAGGGUUCGCCUCCAUUGGGCUCGGGGAACCGCCUAAUGAUACCGCGGAGCCCCCUUUGGGGGAAGAGGGACCUGUUGUCUUGGAAGACGAUGGGGUGCCCGUUAAUGGCGUGGAGCUUGAGGCACCGAAGAAAGUUUUGAUCUUGAUGAGCGAUACUGGCGGUGGCCACCGGGCUUCGGCGGAGGCCAUUAAGGCGGCCUUCAAUCAAGAAUUUGGUGAUGAGUACCAGGUGUUUGUUACGGAUUUAUGGACCGACCACACCCCUUGGCCGUUUAACCAAUUGCCCAGGAGCUACAAUUUCUUGGUAAAGCAUGGGACUUUGUGGAAAAUGACGUACUAUGGGAGCGCCCCACGGUUAGUACAUCAACCACAUUUUGCGGCAACUUCAACUUUCAUAGCUCGGGAAGUUGCAAAAGGACUGAUGAAAUACCAGCCAGAUAUUAUUAUCAGUGUACAUCCUCUGAUGCAGCAUGUUCCUCUUAAAAUCCUAAGGGCAAAAGGUUUGCUAAAGAAGAUUGUGUUUACCACAGUUGUCACAGAUCUGAGCACUUGCCAUCCGACAUGGUUUCACAAGCUUGUAACAAGAUGUUAUUGCCCUUCUACUGAGGUGGCGAAGAGGGCAUUAAAAGCUGGACUGCAGCCUUCCCAGAUAAAGGUCUAUGGCCUUCCAGUGCGUCCUUCUUUUGUUAAACCAGUCCGACCAAAAGAUGUAUUGAGAAAAGAGUUAGGAAUGGAUGAGGAUUUACCUGCUGUUUUAUUGAUGGGAGGAGGGGAAGGCAUGGGUCCCAUUGAGGCUACUGCUCAGGCACUUGGAAAUACAUUAUAUGAUGAGAAUCUUGGACAGCCCAUUGGUCAGAUCCUUGUCAUAUGUGGCCGGAAUAAAAGGCUUUAUAACAGGGUGCAGUCAAUUGAUUGGAAAGUUCCUGUUCAGGUAAAAGGUUUUGUUACUAAAAUGGAAGAAUGCAUGGGUGCAUGCGACUGCAUUAUCACAAAGGACCAGGAACCAUUGCAGAAGCCAUGAUUCGCGGUCUUCCUAUUAUUUUAAAUGGUUACAUUGCAGGGCAGGAAGUUGGCAAUGUUCCUUAUGUAGUGGAAAAUGGAUGCGGGAAGUUCUCAAAGUCACCAAAAGAGAUAGCAAAGAUAGUUGCCGAGUGGUUUGGUCCAAAAUCUGAAGAACUCAAAGCCAUGUCGCAGAAUUGCUUAAAACUAGCGCGGCCGGAUGCUGUUUUCAAGAUUGUUCAUGAUCUCCAUGAGUUGGUCAGACAAAAAAAUCUUGUACCACAAUACUCGUGUGCAACUUGAGUUUAUGCAUCGAUGUUGAGAAUUAUUAUUUUUUAUGCGUCGACAAACUUUUACAUUGCCUUUUUUUGCAUUUCCUUGCUGCCACCCAUGCGUUCAGAGAGCCAAAUCAGCCAGGUUUAGCAGGACUAGGGAGUUUUUGAUGACUUCACUUUCCAUGCUACCACAAUAAGAACUCAGGUUUGGGAUGACAAAGUUGGAGUUCAGGUUCAUCGUCAUUAAUGUUUUUUCUUUUUUUUUUUUUUUUCCUUUGGGUCUUUGACCCCUUUCUGUACCGGAGAAAAAAAAAAAAACUUCUUUUAUCCCUCUGCUUGUAGAAUAACAGGACCCUAUUGUAUGGUUGGCACGUGCGUUGCACAUGAAUGGAAGCUGUAUGGCUAUGGUCUCUCGUUU